CAUAGCGGUAAACAGAAUUUAAACAUUGGGUAGAGCCUAAUCAAUAAAAAAGUGAAGAAAGUUUACUAGAUUAAGUUAAGUUAUUAUUUAUAAUAUAGUUAAAUAUAGAUUCUGUUAUUUUCAAUAUAUUAACAAUUAGAAAGCAUGCCACGCACAAAGCAGAUACGUAAAUCGAAACAAAACCGAGAAUCUACAGAAGAAUCAGAUUUGUUUCUAAAAGAUUUUCAAAAGAAACUGCAACUUAGAUUGACUAAAUUAGAUGCCGAAGCUAAAAUGAGUAUAGAGAGUUAUGAGACUUAUCACAAUGUUAAACUAGCUGGUAUACCAACAGAAUUAAAGCAAAUCACUUUAGGUGAAAUAAUUGCCUGGAAAGAAAAUGAGAAAGAAAAUUGCAACGAAGUAACAUCAUCUGUAAACGAGCAGUCAAUAUUCUAUGCACCGUCGUCAACUUUGAAAACAAAGAAAACCAAGCGUGCUACAGCUACAUCUGAUGAUGGCUACGUAACAGAAAGUACAACAGGAGGAUCUACGUUCCAUGUACCACGUACAUCUCGUACGUCUCGUGCAUCGAGAGCUAAAAAAUUAGUUUCUGAAAAUAAACCAAGAAGAGUAACUCGUAGUAGUUCCAAAAAUCGUCUAUGUUCUUAUACUGAAUUAACGCACAAGUCACAGAAAAAAGAUGAAUUAGAUCUAGAAUCGAAUAACUUUAAGACACCGGCACCUUCUAAGCUUCUAAAGAACGAAUAUAAUCUUAUUACUCCUAAAGUUAAACCAAAUACACCUUUGAAUGUUCUCAGACGUCCACGCGAAGGAGAAAUGGUACUAAGUAUGCAAGGCAGUCCAUUAUUAGUUUCUGCUAUCGUUCCAGAUAAAACUGCUAAUAUUAAUGUACCUUUGAGUAAUGGAAACAUUAUGUCCUUAUUACCCAAUGAUGGAUUACGCAUGUCGAAUAUACCAGAUUUAGAUCCAGAAACUAUGCGUCAACUAGAAACCCUUAAAGACCAUAUUGAAAAAGUUAUUUCAUUGAAAUAAGUUAUAGGUUAUAAGCAAUGGAAUUUGGCAUUACAAAUAUGUAAUGUAUAGUUAUUAUUGUAUUAACAAACGUCCUAAUUUAUGGAUGGUAUAAAUUAAUAAAGAAGAAAAUUUGUUAUUAUAUAUGCGUAAUACAUAAACAAACAUGACGACAUUGUAAUGCAUCUUAUUUUUAUACUAUUUUAUAUAUAAUAUACCUUUUAUA